AUGGUUCAAGUCAUUGAUAUCAUCUUUGUAGGAAAACUCAUUCAUACCCCUUCACUAGGCACACUGGAGAUUGAAGACGCGACAGUAGGCGUGCAUCAAGAUGAAACCAUUCGUUUUGCAAAAUCCCAUCACAUGUUGAAGAACGCCGAAGUUCACGUAUUAAAGCCCUUACAGUUUUUCUUUCCAGGAUUUAUUGACACGCACAUCCAUGCCCCGCAAUACCCAAAUGCUGGUUUCGGCAUUGAUCUGCCCUUGCUGAAAUGGCUUGAAAAAUAUACUUUUCCAAUAGAGUCUUCUUUCCGCAAUCUGGAUAGGGCUUUGGAAAUCUAUUACCGUGUUGUCACCCGCACACUUUCUUAUGGUACUACUUUUGCUAGCUACUUUUCGUCUCUUCAUACUCCUGCCUCGGCUUUACUUGCAGAACUCUGUUUUAGUCUUGGUCAACGGGCGUAUAUCGGUAAAUGCAAUAUGAACACCCUUUCACCGGCUCAUUAUUGCGAAAAGUCUUGUAAGUCCUCUGUAGAGGCUACAAACGUACUUGUUUCGUUUAUGUCACAACUUGAUCCCAAUCGAAAGUUUGUUUCUCCCAUCAUUACCCCAAGGUUUGCUCCUUCUUGUACCAAAGAUUUGCUGAAAGCCUGUGGAGAACUUGCUGCUAAUCAUGAUCUUCCUAUCCAAACUCAUAUAUCUGAAAAUUUAGGAGAAAUUGCUCUCGUUCGUGAGUUGUUCCCUGAUCGGAAAUCUUAUACCGACGUCUAUGAUCAUCACAGCUUAUUGACACCGAAAACUGUGUUGGCACAUGCUGUCUACCUAGAAGACGAAGAGAUUGAAACUAUUUAUAAAAGACAAAGCGGUAUUUCUCAUUGUCCAACUAGUAACGCCGUUUUGGCCAGUGGUAUGGCAAAUAUUCGCAAACUUUUAGAUGCCGGGAUCAAAGUUUCUUUGGGAACAGAUGUCUCUGGGGGUUACACCCCAAACAUGCUUGUUGCAAUUCGUCAAGCAGCUCUAACAUCACGCUCUCUUGCUUCAGUUUUAAGGGACUCAAGAAUUGCUUUGGAGCUUCCCGAACUUUUGUACCUUGCUACACAAGGUGGAGCCGAAGUCUUGGGCCGUGGGCAUGAGGUCGGUAGCUUCGAAGAAGGAAAGGCCUGGGAUGCUCUUGUCGUAGAUGUUUCCUCUGAAACAAAUACUCCCGUUGAUAUUUACGAACGUGAUACUUGGGAAAACAUCUUGAGUAAAUGGGUGUUUAAUGGUGAUGAUCGCAAUGUUGCCCAGGUUUGGGUGAAUGGAAAACUUAUUGCAGGCACUGAAUGUAAAAUUGAAGACACUAGUCUUCUGAAUUUGAACCUUGCUUCUAUCUACAUGAAUACGCUCACCUCACCCGAGAAAAAAUCCCUUCGUCUUCAGGAAAUACUGGAAUCUUUCACAAAGACAAUAACUUUACCGGUUACACAAUGUGUAAGUGAUGGUAAAGUGCAUGCGGAACCAUGGAAGCACUCGGUUGAACGCGAAGAUACUAUAGAACCUAAGUCCUUUGAAAGGAAGCAGUUUUUAAGAAGUACUUGA